AUGAACCUGGUUACAUAUUCCGACCCUGGUCAGAUUGAUAACAAUGUGGAUAACAACUCCAUAAUCAUGGUAGACAUGCAGAAGCAUCAACAAACAGAGACCACUAACAUUGGAUCACUGGUUGAAAAUCAAACCCAACUCAACCAAGCCCAACUACCGCAACCAAGUGUUCAACCACCAUUCAGUGGCAACGCCACAACUGCAGUUAUCUUCCCAACCUCCCCAUUUCCCACAACUGAGAGCACCUACACUGCCAAACUUGGGAUGAAGUUUCCAGUUAACUCCAACACUCAGUCAAGACCUCUCCAGAGCACCCAUGUUAUAAAAGGUAACACAACGAGGUCCGUUGGUUCAAAAGACAAAACAAGAGUCAACACAAGUGUCACUACUACCGCCGGGGCACAGGAAAAGGUUGUAAAGAAGCAAAAGAAACAAAUCAACCCUGAGGAGGUUGAACAAAUUGAUUCAUCCGGCUCAGACGCAUCAAACACAAUGGAUACAACCUCAACCACAACUACUACAAUGGCGAACGCAAUCAAUAUUGCACCAUCGAAUUCAAUCCCAAAGAAUAUUCCAACUACGAUCGCAUCAUCUAUCGACAAGAAAGAGGAGGAAUCCAUUGAUAGUCUUAAAGAACUGGUGGACAAGUUGAGAAAACGACUACACAACUGCAAGAAAGCAUUGAACGGAGAUUUUGACGUCAAGGUCAACACACAAUUGAAGUCUGACAUUGCAGAGGUCAUUAGAUCAGAGAUAUCCAAGUUUGGCCUCCCUCAACAACAACAGCAACAACAACAACAACUACGUACAGAUACCUGUAAUGGACAUGAGGAGCUGAUUGUCCAACUUGCCAAUGAUCUGGAGCAACACAAAGUCUUACUCACCAAAGAGUCAAUCCAACAAAAGGAACUCGCCAAGGAGAAUCAAGGACUGGUUCUAACUGUUCAGAAUCAAACUGUACAUGUAUCUGCACUGGAAAGACAACUAAAGGACAAGUGCGAUGAGUUUGAAAUGUUCAAGAUGACCAUUCAGGCCUAUGUACAGAAGUGCUCACAGGAGCACGACGAGGAGGUGGAGAAACUCAACAAGAAGAUUGUCAAUUUGGAGAACCAUUUGGCAAAGCAAAAAGAGCAUUCAAUCAAGGAGAUCAAGCUCUGGAUGCAUGGCGCAAAGUUGCUGCACGGAAAGUUGGUUCGACUCCAACAACCCAAUGCACUGUUGAACUCCUCCGACGUACUGGAUAUUGACACCAUUGGCAAGAGUUUCCCAGAGAAUGAACAACAGUACUUGACCGAAGAGGUUAUCACCACUAGUCAGGCAGCAGAAACAGUGGACCAACAACAAUCACAAGAGACAAACGCUCUCAAAGUUGAGUCCCAACCAACUCAAGACGACUACCAGUCAACGAUGGGCAAAUAUAUAAUGGACACAACAAUAACUCAAGACGAUGGUAUCAAUUAA